UGGAGAUAUACAAACCGACUUGCUCGGUAUCAUGCCGACGGUCGCUGCGAAGAAACCAAACCUUCCUCGAUGGGCGCAGGUUUUACCACCAAGAUUUGAAGUACCCAAACUAGAUGCUCUGGAUUUGGUCGAAGAAGAGACUUUUUUACGAACGCAAUGUUGUCAAGCGCUCUAUCGUCAGGUGGACAAAGCCACCCACGAAGCAUUGGAAGCUCUCUGUCAACCCGUCCUGAAUGCUUUGGACCAUAUGGUGCAAGAUUCGACUAUCCCAUGGACCGAAGAUGACACUGACCUACCAGUAGACGAGGUUAGAAGCUCCGAGGCCUCCCCCCGAAAACGAGCUCGAUUACUCGAAGACGAAUGGUACCGCAACUUGGCAGUGGAGCCGCCGUCUCGCUACGACCCGCUUUUGCUACCAUUGCUGCACGUCCAGGGACCCUGGAGUGGACUCGAUCGCUACGAGCUGAUGCGGCACGUUGUCCAGACGAGGAAACAUACCCGCAAUCGCUCCGCCACAGUUUGGCUGCAGCCUCCAACAGUACAACGGCAGCAACCUUUAUUAUCCCAUCAUUGGUGGGUCGAAGAAAUCACCCGACAGUGUCUCUUGCAAGAGUCGGCUUUGCCAGAUCUGGUACAAAAUCCCAAAAGUCAGCAACAGCUUUCUUUAACUGAACGUCUCGUGGCGUGGGCUUCCACAACCGACUCGUUUGACAACAUUGUCGUAUUUUGCCAAGUGGAAGACAAUGCUUUUUAUCAAACGGCGUGGCAGGAUUUUCUUCAGUGGAUAGCCUCUCGGCGACUUCAUGAUGGUCUACCCUUUGUCUGCGUAUUACUAGGUCCUCAUCCUGACCGACGCCCCAUCCCUUGGCGCUCUCAAGGGGCUCUGCCGAUCUGGGUGGAAAGCUGCUCAUUCCCGACGGCUCGAAAAAUUCUGCAAUGUACAUUGGACAAUCUGCACGGCAACCCAAACUACCACUUUUGCUUGCCAUUGAAAGAUUCUCUCGCAAUAUUCUUGGAGUAUGAAUUUCGAGAUAUUCAUGGUUCUGCUGUCCGGCUGUUGUCCUUACUCAAACAAAUCGUUGCACACGGUUUGACAAUCAAGGGUUCAUUUUUGGGGGUUCCCCGAGAAGCUCUACAGGACGACGAACGUCGUCGGCUGGCUUGGUUCCAGGUAGACUGCACAGCUCGAAAUUACGUGUGGCCAGAAGAUGGGUCUGCCCGCAGUGUUGUAGAAUGGCAGUGCUCUUUUGAACAACACCGGCUUCAAGCUGCGGUUGCAAGGCAAGUAAUGAGUCUUAUACAUCCUUCCACAAUUUUCCCAAUGCUCUCCAAAAGGAAUCUCAAUCUGGGUUUUGGAAAGGCACUCGAUGGCAAUACUCGGCGGGAAAUCCUGCAGUUGCUUGUAAGCUACCGCUCGAUCUCCAAGAUCCCGGAUAUGCACACUAUUCUGAAUACAGUUAUUGUGCUUGUGGAUCGUUGCACCUAUCCCAACGAGAUUCUGCAGUGUGUUGAAGGUCUACACAACGAUUGGAUUAACACAUUUGAUGCUAAAUUUGGAGGCCAGACAAGGGACGAGGUGAUUUUGUCAUCGUUGAUGGCACAAUUUCGUCGUCAUACCGUUGUUGCCAUGCUGUCGAACCUAGUUGAAUAUGAUUGUUUGACCGUUGAAAACAUAUCCUGUAGACUACCCAGUCUUCUAAUGCAACACAUUCGAAACCGCAUCUCCAUUCCUCAGCAAGAGUGGUUCGAUGGUUUUUGUGUACAAUCCCGCUCACUUGCAGUCGAUCGACAAGAAAUUUUUGAGUUAUUUAUAUGUGGCGUCAACUUCCUGAAAAUGCAAGGUCUGGUUCGAGAGCGCAAAGCGUUUGGCCGCGACGAAGUUGUCUAUGACAAAGCUACACUCGUGUGGUGCAGCGGAGACUAA